AUGCUUGCGAGGGUCGUCGCAUUGUUUUCCUUCGAUGAUCCUGCUCCAAUUCAACCCGCAUCACCCAACUUUCGUCCAUUGCCCUGCACCAACUUCAAAAUCAUGGCACCUUCAGCUGCCAAAGCCAACUACAAGUCCUACGAGGCACAAGCUCGUCUGGUUCGCGCCAUCGUCGCAGCCCAUCCUACCACCAAAUGGAACUACAAAGAGAUUGCUGCCUGCUACGGCUCAGACAUGACCGAGCAUGCCCUCAACCACCGCUUCAGGUACAUCCGGGCGCACAGCGAGGUCAUCAUUGAAGGACGCAAAGCCAAUCUCGACGUCAAGAACCUGACGACGGACGAGUCCUCUUUGCCCAAGACUGUCGGUGGUGUCGACAAGAACAACAUUGCAAAGUACUUUGGCCAGUCGACGGCCGAUGGCAUUCAGUUCCAGUUCCGAGCCAUCAAGCAGGACGCCAACAAGAUGCGCGCCACGGCCGACAGCGGCGGCGACCCGUCCACCUGUCUCGAUCUAGGCGCCGGCAGCAACGCCCCUUCCUUUACGCCCAACACAACACCCAAGACGCCUCGCUCACGCAACUUUGCCACACCAACCACCGGCGGCGGCACCACCGGCGCUCCCAGCACCAAGCGAGGCCGCGCCCCGACCACCGUCGUCAAGAUAGAAUCGGACGACGACGACGACUCGGAGUCGACGCACAACUGGAGUGAGAUGGAAGCCACCCCCUCCAAGCGUCCUCGCAAGCUCGCCGGCGCUGGUGCCGCAGCGACCCCGGGCCAGAAGAACAGGACGCCGUCGCGCCUCGCCGCCGCCAGAGCCAGCGCUACCAUCGCUGACACCUCGGCCCAGCUCCAGACGAGCGAGUCUGAAGCCGAGGCACCCCAGAGCUCCUUUGGGAUCAAGAGCGAGUUUCCCACUCAUACUCGCAACGGCAUGAGCAACGGUGCUCGACCAUCGUCUGCCUUUGCCAUCGCGUCCGUCCCGGCCCGCCCUCUGAUGCAGCCGCAGCAGCCGCAGCAGCGUGCCGCCCCUUCGCUCUUUGGCAGCGUCCCUACCUUUGAGCAGCCCGCGCCUGAGUCGCAGCCCUCGCCUUCGCCUUCGCCAUCCCUGUUUGCUGGAAGCGACGCUUUUAGAAAGACGGGCAGAGAUGCGUUUGUUGGCAGCAACGGUGACGAUGUCGGCUUUGACACCCCGGCGGCUGACAGCGCGUACUGGGACGACGACGACCCCGUCGAAGGUGAGAUCUAG